CUCAAAGAGUGAAAGAGUGAGACAGAGAGGGAAAGUAACACAAGAAGGUUUCUUGAGACUCAAGAAGGAGCGAGAGAGAGAGAGAGGAUCCUUUCUGUUCCUUCUUCUUCUGCACGCGACUGCGAAAGAAAGCUCGCAAAGCAAUGGCGGGGAAAGAGGAAGACGUCAACGAGGAGGGUAUGCUUGGGGGAUUGAGAGAGAUGGUUCAGCAGUUGCAGGAAAUGAUUUCUCAAGAUGAAGUUGAGAGCAACCUAAACGAGAAGAAAGAUGUUGGUCAAGGUGGUGAGAACAAGCUUAACUCAGAUGAGACGAGUAAUGAGCAGCAAGGAACCAGUGAUCAUCAGUUGGCUGGUUUAUCUACUACGUAUAACGUCCUUGUUGCAUACAAGCAGAGCGAUGUAGCAAAUCUAGAAACCAGGAAUGUGCCAGUAAGCUCGGGUGAAGCAGUGUCUUCCUUGUCCGUGCCAUCUUCUGAGUUGGCAUCCAAGUACAACUUGCCUGAUGAUGAACAAGUUACUAAUCCAGUUGAUUACUCAUCUAGUGACUAUGAUGCUAUAAGAGAUCAGCUCUCUCAACUCUCUAUAGAGAAUGAUGAUGACUCAGAUGAUGCGUCACUCAAACAGUACGUGAGCAAAAUAGAUUCCGCCUCCUCAGACCAUCUUGAAGCAGAACAGGCGCAGUAUGGAACUCAUGAGCAUGCUCCUGUGAAUCCUACGCAAGCUCCUCCUAAACCAAGACUUCAGAGGCAGAACGCUAUGCCACGACAAAGACACACAAGAGAACUGGAUCCUGGAUACUCAGCUUCUUAUUUGAAUCAGUCAAUGCCUACAAGAGAUAGCAUUACUUCUGCAUCUUCACAUGGUCGUAGGCCACCCAUCUCCAUGACCAAGGCAUUGACAACAGCUACUGACUUUGUACCACAGAGGAACCAACAAGCAAUGAACCCACAUUACUCUCAGCGUCAGGUUCUUUCAGGGCAGUACGGUAAUAUCAUGAACGAGGACUACAACAACAUGCCACCAUCAGCAGCAGCAUUUCAGCAACAUGGUGGUAGUAACAUGGCGUAUAAUGGUAAUAUCACGAACUCUCCUUACUUGCCACCAGCAGCAGCAGCAGCACCUCAGCAACUCGGUGGUAGUACCAACAACACUUCGGCGCAUUAUGGUAAUAUAAUACCAGAACAGAACGAAAGCAACAACUACAACAUGCCUCCUCAGUCAGCUGCCUCUCAUGCUGCUCCUUAUGCUUACGGUUCUGUUAACAUCUUUGGCACUUACUCGUCGAGUGAUGACGUUGCAGACUCGAGGUUUGGCUAUGAAGGUGGUGUCUCAAGGAACCACUUGCCACCGAUUCAGCAGCGUCAGAGUACUGGAGAUUCAAAUGUGUGGCGACCUAGUCCCAGACGUAUCCAACGACAGCAGCAGCUUCGAAGUGAUUUCUUUGCAUCUCUGAACCAACAAAACGAUAGGAGUGAUCCGUCUGACCAAACCCAAGAACGGUCAUGGCCCAAGAGAGACAACUAGAGUGCUCAAAAUCAACCAUACCAAUGACUUUCUUUUAAUGGCUUAAGCUGGGUUACUUUGUUUGUGAGAAAAAACUCAAAUAAUGUCUUCUGGAUGUACUACGUUCUAUGUUUCUUUACUUUUUGUUAUAAUAAAAUGUUGGAAACUAAA